ACACAUGAAUAAAUUGUGAUCUCAACUUUCAAAUGCAGUACCAUGCACCUAGACAAAAUACAAACAUUGGCCGAGUUGGUAUACCGAUCAUCGGAUAGCAAAUCCUCAUAAGGGAGUUGGGGUCACAAACUGGAAGGGGGAAUGACCCCCGUCAACAGUUUUAUUCUCACUCUUUUCCUUUUUAAGUUCCGAUCGUCACUCAAAGCUAGAAUACAUGCCACCAUCUCUCCUCAAAUGAAGAACUAUGCAUUCUCCGGCUAGAACCAAGUGCAAGAAGUCGCUGUAUUAAUGUCACCGUUUAUUUGUAUCAUUUUACCGCCGUCAAUAAAACGCAUUUUGGAGAUCGUAAUGACGGGAUGAGUCAUGGCUAGACCCUACUGCAAUCAAGAUAUCAGGAGUUAAUUGGAUUGACAAAUCAAGUGAAGUGUAUGAGCAAGGAAAAUCAUCGGGUUGACAGCUGUCCCAUUCACUCGGGUUUUGGAGCUGGACAAACAUGUAUUUUCAUCAGAGCAUACCAUGGACUAAGGCGGUCACACAGCUGUUCAUCUUUAAUAUUUUUUUCAUCAUAUCAGUUGAUAUGUGGCAAGAUCACACAAGUUGUGGUUACCAACGAGCCCCUCUCAAACCGGAACCUUUGAUUGUAGGAGGGCAGCUUGCCCAACAUGGCGAAUGGCCAUGGAUAGCAUCCUUAUUAGAAAAUGAUAACCCGCUUUGUGGAGCGACAUUGAUCACACCUGAUUGGCUUCUUACUGCCGCACAUUGCAUUCAGAUUUUGAAUGACGGAUCCGUAUACUCUAUAUUGAUGGGUACAACUGAUAUCAUUGACGUCGAUGUCGACACCUAUCAACAGGAGUACGCCGAUGAGGUCUACAUCCAUCCCAACUAUCACCAAGACCAUACGGACUGGGACAUCGCGCUCAUUCAUCUUCGUCGUCCUAUGAAUCUCACCGACUUCGUGACGACUGCGUGUUUGCCUACCAGGGAUAUGAGAGGCGAAUUCUCCCCAGGGCGAGCUGUCACCAUGUCGGGAUGGGGGACUCUUUUUCAAGGAGGACGAUUAACUCAGAAACUUCGAGAAGUGACUGUACCUCUUGUAAAUCAUACAUUGUGUCAAGAAGAAUACUAUCCCUUUAACAUCACCGAUAAUAUGAUUUGUACUGGCCCAAUAGAAGGAGGCAAGGAUUCGUGCCAGGGGGACAGUGGAGGACCGACGGUAACCAAACUAGGUGAUCAAUGGUGGCUGAUAGGGGUAAUAAUCGGUGGUGUAGGGUGCGCAGUACCAGGCUUUAGGGGUGUGUCCUCAGAUACCAUCGCAUAUCAAGACUGGAUUAACCCUAUCUUCGAAGGAGGGGUCCCAUCCAGAAAGACGAUGACGUGUGAGUCAUAUGACUUCACUUGCCAGGGAGGAUGGUGUAUUCCAUACUUUGCCAAGUGUGACGGGUUUCCCGACUGCAGACUGGAAACAGAUGAAGUUUUCUGUGAUGGUGUCUUGAAACUUUUCGACCCCUUCUUCUACCGUCGUGUGGCUGAUAAGAGAUCAGCGAUGAUCAUCACAAAUGUCCAGGAUAUUCACGAGUGUGCUAGGAUGUGCCUGGAUGCCUCCUUCCUAUGCGGCAUCUUCGAAUAUUACAUAGCAGGAACGAUCACCGAUGUAAAGAAUGAAACCAAACCGAUCUUUGAUUGCCUGAUCACUGGACCAAACAUGCAGAUGGUUGCCCUGCAGAGCCCCGAGUCAAAGCGAAUCAAUUUCCACCAAUUUGUCAGAAGAAUUGAUAUCGCAGCUGGACAAAAUGCCGUUUUCACGUCGGCCACGGAAGUCAUCUUGUCCCCUUCGUAUCUGCCUAUCACCCCCUUCAACCUAUCCUUCUUCUCCUCCUCACCCCUCUCCUGGACAAUAUAUCUCUCUGAACUAAACUACAACACCCUAAUCUUCAAGAUGCUAGCAGUCAAGGGCCACAUCGACUGCAGUGGGUGCUCAUCCUUUUCUCUCCUCUCCGUCAAUGGUGGAGGAAACGUCACAGCCACUGCUGGCAAGGUUGGUAUCGCUAAAUGCCUUGAUGAGUUCGUCGUCGGAGAGAUCUUCUACGUCGAUUCAUCCGAAGCAUUCAUCACCUACUUCGCAACGGAUCUGGUAUACACUGGAUUCAUGUUGGAAUAUAAAGCGAAAUGGUUGUGUAAUCAGAGCUUCAUCACGUCUCCUGGAUCUAUCAGCUCACCACGAUUCUACUCAAUCAGACAAGCAUACCCGCCCAAUGUCCGAUGUCAUUACACUAUCACUGCACCCCCGGAUCACCGCAUCUCUCUUCAUAUCAACUCCUACCAAAUCGAACCAGACCGUGAAGAGGGGGCGUGUGACUUUGACAGUCUCAGUAUCUUUGAUGGGAACUCCACCCUGGCGCCAAGGGUUGAGUAUCUUUGUGGGUUUAGCCAAGCUCCUGUGACGGUUCUAUCAAACUCCAGCUCGCUCUAUCUACUCUUCAGUUCUGACCAGUCUGGCGAGUAUACGGGUUUCGCAGCUUCCUUUUCAUUCAUAAAUCAUAAUCUAGAAGAUUUACAACAUGAAGACCUGAACAAUCCUGCCGACGUAACAGGUUUUGAAAGCUUCCAGGAAUUUAUAAAUGACAUGUAUGAAAUAUCUCAAAAUUCCAAACCGACAACUUCCCAGUUAACACCUGAAGCGGUGAUGCCUUCCAAACGAGUGACUGCCUCUGGUAACGAAGUGAUAACCUCAACCAAGAUGUCGACGUAUUCCAAAGGAACUACAACCCUUUCCAAUGGACAGGAAACCCCACAUAAUGGAAUUCCAACGUCUUCUCAAGGAUUGAUAACCUAUACUACAAAACCUAUUACAUCUUAUGAAGAUAUGAAAACAGUUUUACCGGGUCUGUCACAUCUUCAGUCUACGGCAUUGGACCUGGAAUAUAUUUUUAAAGUAACGCUGGUCGUCAUUUUACUAGUCUUCAUUUCGCUCGCUAUAGCUCUUGCAGUGUUGUACUGUCGAAUUAAACGUGAGAAUGAGGAAUUGAAAAAGCACUUACAUAUUCAUCGAAAUGGACAUAUUGUGAGUCUUUAAACAUUUCAUUUGAUCAAAGAACAUGGAUUUUAUAUUUAAUUUGCAUGACCAUGCAUUUUUUUUGUGCUUUUAAAGUGAUUACAGAUUUGAAGAGAUUGGAAGAGGCAUGCGGUCAGAUUAACCAAUAGAGGACACUGGCGUAAAUCCCGGGGGGGAUGGGGGGAUAUAUCCCCCCCACUUUUCGAGGAGGGGGGAUGGCCUGUACAAACAUCCCCCCCACUUUUACCGAAAGAAAUGAAAAAAAAUCACAAGAGAUAAUUGUUUUAUUGGUGAAAAUUCUUCCUGAAAUACCGCUUAACAAAUAAAACAAUAUUAUUGAAUCAUAAAAUGCAAAUAAAGAGCCAGUUCACCAUUUCCAAACGAAAUACUUAUGUCCUUAUUAUAACAUUGAAGAGAAACUCCCGUUUCUUCCAAUUCAUCAAUGUUGGGGUCUUUGGGAAGGGAUUAAGAUGGAAUGUCAAUUCUUUUUUAAUGUAAUCUCUAAUAAAACCAUUAAACCAUCAUGGGGUAAAAAAGAUAAUAAUAUUGGAGGGGUAUUUGCCAUAUGGACAUACAGUGGCGUAACUACGGGGGGGGGGGGGAUUGGCGGCACAUGCCCCCCCCCCCCCCAUCGGCUGACC